AUGUCGAGUGAAACUUCUCAACAUACGACAACUGCUGCUCUGAUCGUUACUAUAUUAGCAGUUAUCGCUGUCGCCCUUCGAUUCUUAACGAGACGAUUGACUAAAGCUGGUAUUGCGGCGGAUGAUUGGUGGAUUUUGAUCGGUCUUCUGUUAUUGAUUAUAACUGGUAGUCUCCUCCUCUAUGGCGUCAAAUCAGACCCAAAUGGUGGCGAGACAAUCGAUCGCGAUGAUCCAACUUUCGAUUAUACUCCUCAUGUCGUUUAUCUGAAGAUGUCAUGGACAUGCGCCAUCCUUUACUUUUCCGUUGUGACGGCUAUCAAAAUCUCCAUCCUUCUAAUGUAUCGUCGUAUAUUCUCCACUAGUUUGGUACGUUCAUUUUGGACCUUCAUGAGUUUGGUGAUAGUAUGGUGGCUUGUUGGUACUAUCGCUACUGGUAUCAGCUGUGUCCCGGCAACCAGAUUUUGGAUUGGACAUUCCGCAGGCGGCUGGUGUUUUAAUUUCAACAUCUAUUGGAUGGUUAUGGGUCUGGUGGAAAUUGUGGUCGAUAUUGGCAUCCUGGUAUUGCCAAUAGGUGUUGUUGUUGGACUUCAAAUGCCAAAUUCCCAAAAAGUAUUGGUUGGAGGCAUCUUCCUACUUGGAAUCACAGGCAUUGUACGUGUGGUUCUUGGAUAUGCUCCUGGUAGUCAAAAUGUCGACUUUCCACGAGCAGAAUUGUGGUCGGCUGUCCACGUUGGAAUGGCAAUAGUUUGUGCUUGUCUCCCAAACUUUCGUCCACUUUUAAAUCGCAUCACUGCAUCAGCGCGACGCCUAUAUGGUUCCGCUAUAACGAGUGAUAGAGAUCGUAAUACAAGUGGAUCCAGUGGGGGCCGAAGUGCAGCGUCAAAAAACAAAAAGCCAGCGGAAUUGAUGACAUUGGGUAAUAUCCGACGUCAGAGGCCGAAUGAAUUGGAGGAUACAAAUGCAGAUACUACGCGAUUGACCAGGAAUGAGAGUGGAGAUUUAGAGUCACUCCAUCAUGCAGAAUUCAGGGCAGAGAGAACAGAAGAAUCCAGACCUAAAGGAGUCAAUGAAAUAUGA